UAGAAAUGUUUGGUUUACUUGAACUGUCCCUAAAUUUUUUCCAAAAAACAAAGCCAAACUAAAACGAAGGCUGUAUGUAUAUUAACUUACCAAACGACGACGUCGCGACUUUCGUCUCCAUAUUCUUCUUCGCCUUUCUGCUCACACUCACUGCCCUGCUCAGUAGCAACAACAAUGGGGAGCAUACACAACAGCAAGAGCAGGCUCAACACCAACACUGUAACUCCCUGCACUCGCACACACCAGAUCGGAGCUCUAGCUCUCGUCAUCACCACCUUCUUCCUCACCAGAAUCGUUGAUCAGUCCUUCAAUCCCUCCUCCUCCUUCUCAAUCCCUACUACUCCAUACAGAUCCAAGAACGACGUCGUAAGGUUCUCGGAUUCAUCAAGUGGGUCCAUCUUCUGGCCGCAACGUGGGUAUGGGACCCACCUUUCCUUGAAGAUUUACGUGUAUGAUGAGAACGAGAUUGAUGGGUUGAAGCACUUGUUGUAUGGCCGUGAUGAGAAGAUUUCUCCUGAUUCUUGCCUUAAAGGCCAAUGGGGUACUCAGGUUAAGAUACACAGGAUGCUUUUGCAAUCAAGGUUGCGGACUAGAAAGAAAGAAGAGGCAGAUCUUUUCUUUGUGCCUGCUUAUCCUAAAUGUGUUAGAGUGAUGGGCGGCCUGAAUGACAAAGAGAUUAAUCAGACUUAUGUGAAGGUGUUAAGUCAAAUGCCGUAUUUCAGGUUAUCUGGUGGCCGGAACCACAUAUUUGUCUUCCCAAGUGGGGCUGGAGCACAUUUAUUUAAAUCAUGGGCAACGUACUUGAAUCGGUCUAUAAUUCUUACUCCUGAGGGGGAUCGCACGGAUAAAAGAGACACUAGUGCCUUCAAUACAUGGAAAGAUAUUAUAAUCCCUGGAAAUAUUGAUGAUGGGAUGACUACUCAUGGCUCUAGGCUAGUUGAGCCUUUGCCUUUGUCGAAGAGGAAACAUUUAGCUAACUAUUUAGGUCGAGCACAAGGAAAGGUGGGUCGCCUUCAGCUGAUAGAUCUCGCGAAGCAAUUCCCGGACAAGUUGGAAUGUCCAGAAUUGAAAUUCAGUGGUCCUGACAAGCUAGGAAGGAAGGAAUAUUUUGAACAUCUCCGCAAUGCCAAGUUCUGCUUGGCUCCACGCGGUGAAUCAUCAUGGACGCUUCGCUUUUAUGAAUCCUUCUUUGUGGAAUGCGUUCCAGUAAUCCUAUCAGACCAAGCAGAAUUACCAUUUCAGAACGUGAUUGACUACACUCAGAUAUCAAUCAAAUGGCCAUCCACUCAUAUAGGAACCGAACUUCUGGACUACCUAGAAUCAAUACCUGAUAAAGACAUAGAUGAGAUGAUAGCUAGGGGUCGAAAGAUCAGAUGCUUAUUCGCUUAUACUCCCGAGUCUGACUCUUGCUCUGCGUUUAAUGCAAUUAUGUGGGAACUGCAGAGAAAAGUAAGGCAAUUCCAUCAGUCAUCCGAGACUUUCUGGCUCCAUAAUAGAACUAUAGUCAACAGAGAUUUGGUGGAAUUCAGCAAGUGGAAACCACCUAUGCCUCUGCCUUGAAUAUGCUUUACACGACUUGUAGAUCAAUUGUGCGUUUCUUAUAGUUGCAUUGUAAUUUUUUCCAGAGCUAUAAAUGACCACAGUCAAUUUUUUUCUCUCUCCAGAGCUAUAGAGAAAAUCUCACUAAUUA